AUGGCCAAAGACAAGGAAAAAGUAGCUUAUAUCAUGAAACUUCUUGGUAGGAAAAGAGGCGUCGAGGUCAAUAUUUCUCACGAUAACGAUAGCGACCGCGAAAUCAACAAACUUGAUACAAACCCCGAGUUUUCGUUCAAUCCCCAGGAUUCUCCCAUAAAAGACGACUACAUAUCCAAAACUGUAGACGACCAGGAGGAUACAGAGAUGUUGAUUUUGGAAUGUUACAAGGAACAUCCGCAGCUUCAGUUUCUGGACAAGUUGCACUUGGCAUAUGUAAGAAAAUCACUCCAGAGCCAAUUACCCCAUUACUACAACCUGUUGGAUGCCAACCAUCCAUGGAUGAUGUACUGGCUUGCGAAUCCGCAACUGCUCAUACUGGAAGAGCCCUUAACGGCACAAAUAGUUGACCUUAUAAACGACAAAAUUUCCAGAUGCAUCCGUUCUGAAGGUUUGGGAGGAAUAGCUGGAGGAGCCAAUCAGAUGGGCCAUGCUGCCUCAACCUAUGCUGGGGUGUUAUCGUUGAUUUUGACUGAAAACUACGAGCUUUUGGACAAAAUCAGGCACAAUCUCUACAAAUGGUUCAUAAGCUUGAAAUUGCCCAACGGCUCUUUUGCAAUGCACGUAGGAGGUGAGAGCGAUACAAGAUCUACCUAUUGUGUUUUAUCUGUAGCAGCGAUUCUCAACAUUGUGACUGACGAACUUGUAGAAAAGACAGCAGAAUGGUUGCUUUCUUGCCAAACAUAUGAAGGAGGUUUCGCAGGAGUCCCAUAUACGGAAGCCCAUGGUGGCUAUUCGUUCUGUGCUCUUGCAAGCUUUUUCAUUUUGUAUAACAAGAAAUCGCAAUUCCAGGAAAAGAGUUCUGUACAUUUGGACGCUUUGAUCAAAUGGGCGGUUCUGAGACAAUAUGGUGUAGAGGGAGGACUCAGUGGAAGAACUAAUAAGUUGGUAGAUGCCUGCUACAGUUUCUGGAUCGGAGCGUUGUAUCCAAUGCUUGAGUCCGUUACUGGAGAAGGAGAACUCUUUUCACGUGAAGCAUUGGGCCACUACAUUCUCCGGUGUGCCCAAGCUGAAGGCGGUGGAUUCAGAGAUAAACCAGGCAAGCUGGUGGAUUUCUACCACACAAACUAUACCCUUUGUGGGUUGAGUCUCUGUGAAACCUUGUUCACUAUCGAUGAUGACGACGAAAAGGAAGACUCCAUACCUUUGGCAUUCAAGUUUAUGUAUAAAACCAUAGACUCGAACUCAUUCACAGGUCCAAUCAAUCCAGUGUAUGGCUUGCCAUUUGACUUGACAAACACAUGCAGAGACCAUUUCUACAGACUUGACAACGAAGCUUAACGACAGUACAAUUACGAUUCAUCGAAUAUCAAGAUAAAUACAUUUAUAAUCGUAGUCAUUAUUUUAAUCAUAUAAAAGUUACUGAUUG